AUAACCUAAAAAUCGUGCCUAAAAUCUUACCUUACCUCGUGAAAUCGUCUGGUAGGGUAGCAGCUCGGGUAGCAGUUUGCAGAUGAGGUUCAAUCAGGUGAACAUAAGAUAAUUUCCAUUUUCUAUCUGCUAAUCGAAAAUGUCUAACAUGGAGGAAUCUGAUGAUUUUGAAAUAAAAGUGGAAGAUGAAAAAAUAAAACCUUCAAUAGCUGGAGAAGUAUUGUUUCCUGUUGAAUCAAAAUUUGCUAAUAUCAAGAAUAAACAAGUUAGAAGUCAACAAUAUCAAAAAAUCAAGAGAGAACGUAAGAAAGUCAAGAAAGAAGCAAAAAAAGUUCGGGAACAAGAGGGAGAUAUCAAACGAAUUCCCCAUACUAUAGAAAGUUUAAGGGAAAAAGAUGAAACAACAGUCUCAGAUCUAACUACAGAUGAAAAUGAGUUGGUAAGAGAUGAUUUGGAACAAGAUGAAUUCUGUGACUAUUACAAACAAUCUUAUGAGCCUAAAGUACUCAUUACCUAUGCUGACAAUCCAAUGAGGAAAACAAGAAUUUUUGGAAGAGAAUUGACAAGAAUCAUCCCAAAUUCUGUGUCUCUCUACAGAAACAGAUCAGGGGUCAAAAAAAUUGUGAAAAGUGCUAUAAAGAAGGAGUAUACAGAUGUACUUGUUGUUAAUGAGAAUAGAAAGGAACCAGAUGGACUCCUUUUAAUCCAUUUACCAAAUGGCCCUACUGCUCACUUUCGUGUAAGCAAUGUCAAAAUCACUACAGAGCUAAGAAAGAAUCAUAAAGAUAUUACAGCUCAUCGGCCUGAAGUUAUUUUGAACAAUUUUGGGACAAGACUGGGUCUAACAGUUGGGCGUAUGCUGGGAGCAAUAUUUCAUUAUGAUCCUGAAUUUGAGGGCCAGAGAGCAGUCACAUUCCAUAAUCAACGUGACUACAUCUUCUUCAGGCACUACAGAUAUGGAUUCGAUUCAGAAGGAAAAAAAGCAAGGUUGAAAGAAUUGGGACCUAGGUUCACUUUGAAGUUGAAAUCACUACAAAAAGGAACUUUUGACAGUAAAUUUGGUCAGUAUGAAUGGAUAAUGGAUGGAAAACGUCAUGCCAUGGAGACUAGUAGAAGAAAGUUCCAUUUGUGAUUAAAUAUAUGUUUUGUUCAUAAAUGUUUUCCUUGGUCCUAUUCAAGAUGCAACUUUUUCAAAUGUCCCAAUAAAAAAUGACAUAAGGG